AAACCCGAGCUGUGGUCUACCGGCCAAUAUUGGGCUUCUGUAUUCACGACAAUCUCUGGGACACGGGAAAUGCCAUCGCGAUGUCCCCUGCAUGGCCCGUCUCGCAGGUGAAGAGGGUAUACGCUAUCUCGGCCGGACCCAUGCACUAAUGGCCUGGUGGCCGUCCUCUUCGCCCGCCUCGAGGCUUACGAGAGACGCUCAACCCAAACCCUCGAGACAAAACGCCUCGCACGGCAAAGAACCACGGCAUGUAAGCGUCUCCAUCGCGGAGAGGCUGCGUGGCGGCAUAAGGCAGCAACCAACACGUUGGCGAUCUCUUUUCGUCCACCUCCGGAUGACGGCUGGUAAGCAAAUCGGUUUAUUGUCCCCAACCCCCUUGUCGGUUACAACUCGGAGCUCCAAUCUAGUUUUCGACGGAGAUGUGUCGGAGCCGGGAGGGCGCGAGUUUGGUCCCAUGCAACCUCGUAGUCUAAUAUUAUGCCGUCCAAUACGAGGAAGGGGGUUAAGACUCAACUUGGCUUCUCCGAGAAACACCGAGCCAAACGUUAACGCUACCCAAGGGGAGACAGGAUGUGAGUUCUUCACGACGGAUGGGUGCUAUGCGAUAUUUUUCGGAACCGUACCCUUCUGGGGUUCCUCGUAUUAGCGCACCCUUACCACGGUACAACCCCCCCGGCCCCCAGAUCUCUGUCGUUGUGGUCCGUGGCACACGCGGGUACAAUACCGACGGGGGCAUCCUUCCUAUGACAUUAUUCGUUCCAUUGGCUCACCCGGCCGUACUGAGCUAGAUUUUAUAGACAUGUGCGAAGAAACAGCCAGAACGACGACUCGUCCCCAAACACCCCCAGCGCCCAGUAGUUAAUCAUUGACACACAAACGCACGC